AGCAAAAUCAACACUGCGCGAUUAUCGAAUGAUCCAGACUUGUCCAGCGUUCAAUUCCUUUGGCGAACCUCUGUGAGAAGAUUGCAAUGCUGUAGAUUAAUGUAUGCAAGCUGCGCCCCCAGCCCUUUAUCAUCCGCGUCAUCAAACACAGCUGGCACGAUACCAAGCGCUUAUGAUAAUGCCCGGCCAAGCACCGGACCACUCGGGCGAAUAGUCAUCAUGUCGCCGGGAUCAGAAGAAGAAUCAUUACAUCUCUCUCCCUUCGCAAACGCUGCAAUGUCGCCAGCUGUCACACGUGGCCUGUCACGAUGCCCAUCUCGACAAUAUGGGAGCGGCGAACCCUACUUUUCGCCUGUCCACUCGCUUUGCUGACAUUACUGCUUCUGGCGGGAUGGCUGCGGCAUGAUCCCAGCGCGAUAAGACAUCCGCUGCAGGUGCUGGGCUUGAGCCAUGAGGGUGAUGGACUGGAGAGCGUUUUAGGACAAGAGAAAUCGGCAGAGGAGGAUGGUUUUACUAUCGUUUCGCCCACAUACCGAAGACUCGAAACUUUACCACAGUUCCUCGACAAUUACGCGAAUGGCAAUUUGAGCAGCCUCCGAAAGAUUGUUCUUCUGUGGAAUGAUGUCGAGAAUGAUCCGCCUCCAUCUCUCCUCGGGACAUUAGACACGUACCGCGUCCCGGUGGUACUCGAGCAACGACACAUCAACUCCCUCAACCAGCGAUUCCACCCUACUGAGCAUGUCAAAACGAAUUGUGUCUUCUCGGUGGACGAUGAUAUGAUAUUCAAGCCGGAAGAUGUAGAAUAUGGGUACCAGGCCUGGAAAGACCAGAACAAAGGACGGCAACGAAUGCUUGGUUUCAUCGCUCGAGAAGUGAGGAGGAAGGGGCAACAGAUCAUUUACGACCAGCCUCACAAGGAAUAUCACAUGGUCUUGACGAAAGCGGCAUUCUACCACACCGACUGGAUGCGAGGCUACUGGGCAGAUGAUGCCGUGAUGAGGUCGAUGCGGGAAUAUGUCGAGGAGCACGACAAUUGCGAAGACAUACUCAUGUCCUUUUUGCACGCCCACCACACUCGAAUUCCGCCAAUCUUUGUGAAGCCAGAAGUCAAAAUUGACUUUGGCGGGAGUGGUGGAAUAUCGUCUCGAAAAGGGCAUAUCAAAGGUCGCAUAGCGUGUGUCAAACGUUUCAACGAAGCUUUUGGGGAUGAGACGCUGGUCCCAACUGAUACCAUACUGGAGAGAGUGAGGCCGGACUUGUGGGAGCAAUGGGGGUAGGAUUAGCAGUGCAUUUACCGAGCCAUGCAAAGCGAACAGCGCAACUGAUUUGCCGCCCGGGCUUAAGUCGUUCUGCUUCGACGUAUUUGCUGUUGCCCAUCCCGCCUUUUGCUUUCCAGAAAGGCUCUCUUCCAAUGAGCGCUUUCGACUCCCGAUGAACCAAGGUACUCUUUCGAGUUCUGCCAAUUCCCAAACUCCGU